AUGGCAGUCUAUUCUGAAUUGAAUAGACUUAUUGAAAUGGCUGUAAAUGAUAUUCAAGAGAAACAAGAAACAAUGAAUAAUAUGGAGAAAUCGUUCAUAAGUUCUUCAGAAGAAUUCAAGAAAACUAUUGAAAAUUUAUACAGUGAAAUGGAAUUGAAGCUUAGUCAAGAGGAAGAAACUAUGAGUCAGAGGUUAGAAAAGGUAUGUGAAGAAAUGAAAAACAAUGCAAAUCAAAUUAUUGAAGAGAAAGAAGAACAAACUGAAAAUUUGAAAGAAAAGUUAAAACAGCUAUCCACGCUGUCGGAUGAUCUUCAGAGGGAAACCGAAGAUGAUAGAUGUACUAUGGAAGAGGCAAGAAAACAGUGUCAAAAUAUACUUGAUGAGAUUGAAGAAUACGAACAAUUAAUAGAUGAGAGCAAAGCAAAUGUAAAAGAGUUACAAAUGAAGAAGAAGGCUGAGCAUAUGAAGAAAGACAAAGAAGCUGUCAAUACAUGUCAAAAGAUUCAGGAAGAACGUGAAGCCCUGGUCAAAAAGUUAAACGAAUUAAAAGAGAUCAAUCGUUGUCUUCGAGAUCUAGGAGAUGAAAAACGCAAUGACACAUCUGUAUAUGAUACAGUUUUGAGUCCUGAAGUGUACAAGGUUAAAGAAACAAAUGAGAUAAGUGAAAAUCAACAGAAUCACAACUUAAGAAGUUAUCAUUAAGAAGCGAAUACUUACAAAGUGA